AUGUGGACAACGACGAGUGGCGUGACGGGACGGACCCUGCAGGUGUCUAUCACCUGCACGGCCGUCAUGGGUUUCGCCCUCUUCGGUUACAAUCAGGGUAUGAUGUCUGGCCUCAUCGGCGGAGACGAGUUCACAAAAACAUUCGGCACCCUCGCCUUGGCCAAAGAUGCCCCAGAGUCGGAAGUCCGACAUAUCAACGUCCUCCGCGGUGCUGUUACAGCCUGCUACGAAAUUGGCUGCUUCUUUGGCGCGCUCUUCUCCAUGUUUUAUGGCGAGAGGCUCGGUCGUACACGACUGAUCUUCGCCGGUGCCCUAAUCCUGGUUAUCGGUGCCGUGAUUUCGGCCGCUUCCGUUGGCCCAAGCUGGGGUCUUGGUCAAUUUGUCGUCGGUCGUGUUAUUUCGGGCAUAGGAAAUGGUAUGAACACUGCCACGAUUCCUGUCUGGCAAUCCGAAUGCUCCAGCGCUCAUAACCGUGGAUUCCUCGUGUGCUUCGAGGGUGCGGUUAUCGCUGUUGGUACUUUUGUCGCAUACUGGGUGGUCUUCGGUCUUUCUUAUGUCCCCGAAGAGGUUCAAUGGCGAUUCCCCGUGGCGCUGCAGGUCUUAUUCGCUCUGCUCGUUGCCGCCGGUGUUCUCAUGCUUCCGGACUCCCCGCGCUGGUUUGUGAUGAGAGGCUAUGAUGAUGAGGCCUUGCAAGUCCUUGCUAAGUUGAAGAACGCUGCACCCGACUCCGACGUUGUCCUCACCGACUUCAACUUCCUCAAAGCCGAUGUAGAGGCCGCCAAACUCUCCCAGGCAAACUGGAAGACGAUCUUCCGGGGCGGCAAGACCCAGGAAUUCCAACGUGCCCUUAUUGGUUGCUCCGGUCAAUUCUUCCAGCAAUUCACCGGCUGCAACGCCGCUAUCUAUUACUCGACCCUGCUUUUCGAAGAUAACCUCGGCCUCGAGCACCGCCUAGCUCUAAUUAUGGGUGGUGUCUUCGCUACCGUCUACGCCAUCGCCACCAUCCCAUCCUUCUUCAUGAUUGAAAGAGUCGGUCGUCGCAAGUUAUACAUCAUUGGAUUCCUCGGCCAAGGACUCAGUUUCCUCAUCACAUUCGCCUGUCUCAUCAAACCCACCGAAGAGAACUCCAAGGGUGCCAUCGUCGGCAUCUUCCUCUUCAUCGUCUUCUUCGCCUUCACCCUCCUCCCUCUCCCCUGGAUCUACCCCCCGGAAAUCAACCCCGCCAGCACCCGCACAGCCGGCGCCGCCGCCUCAACCUGCACAAACUGGAUCUGCAACUUCGCCGUCGUCAUGUUCACCCCAAUCUUCGCAUCCACAAGUCCCUGGGGCGUAUACCUCUUCUUCGCAAUCUUCAACAUGCUCGGCGUCCCCCUUGCAUGGUUCUUCUACGUCGAGACUGCAGGUCGUGAACUGGAAGAAAUCGAUAUCAUCUACGCCAAGGCCCACAUCGAAGGAAAAUGGGCCUACAAGGUUGCGAAUGAAAUGCCGAAACUCACUUUCGAGCAGAUUACACAGCAAUCCAGGGAGCUUGGGUUGAGUGCUGAUGGUCCUUCGACGCCUGAGAAGACGGAGUUGGGUUUUAGUAGUGAUACUACUGGUCAGGAGGUUCGUUGA